UUUCUCAUACAACACCACCACAAUAACACAAUUUUCUUUCUCUCUCUAAAUAUUUUUAUUUUUCUCUCUCUAAGCACAGAACGACUUUAUUUUCUCUUUUUUUUUUGAGUCUCUCUUCGAAUUCAGUCUUCGUAGCCAUGAAAGCUCAGGUUCCUUAGAAACCCAGGCCCAUUUUCUCAGGUUCGAGUUUUCACGUGGGUUUCGACUAGUUUUUGGUUUUUUUUUCCGUCUAAAGAGCCAUUUUCUCUGGCAGAUGGAUUCUGUUGAAGUAAAUGAACAUAUGGAUUCAAGCAAGGAUGUAUCUGCUGUGAAUUCUGUUAGUCCAGAAGUUUGUGGCAUCUAUGAUAUCUUUGGAGAACCAGAACUACAACCUAGAGUUGGUGAUCAAUACCAGGUUGUAAUUCCCUCUCUAAUUACAGUAUCUGACUACAAGACUCUGACAGAUGCCAAAAUGGCCACUGGUGGUUGCCAUAAUGUUCUCAUUGGGUUGCCUAUACCAAUAAUGUGGAUAAGUGAGGAGAGUGAGAACAAGAAGCAUGAAGAACAGGAAGCUAUUGAUGUGAGUAACAAAAAUGAGUCCUUAAAAUCUGAAUGCAUCAGUGAUGGCAUAGUCCUAGGAGGGAGUGAUUUGAAACUUAAAAUUGAGCCUUUAGAUAUUACAUCCAUGGAUGGCAUAAAAGAGGGUAAACCAGAGAACUUAGUUUUGGAACAAGAUGUAAUGCCUGAACUGCAAUUGAAACAUGGAGGGAACGGCCACUGUCUAGUCCCUGGGUGCUUGAGUGACAUCUGGAGUAAUAUAGAGGAUGAAUGGUUUCUUCUUGGGCUGUAUAUCUUUGGGAAGAACCUUGUUUUGGUGAAGAAUUUCAUUGAGGGUAAGCAGAUGGGAGACAUAUUGUCAUACUACUAUGGGAGAUUUUAUAGGUCUGAAAGAUACUGUAGAUGGUCGGAGUGCCGAAAAAUAAAAACCAGAAGGUGUAUUUAUGGACAAAGAAUCUUCACAGGAUUGAGGCAUCAAGAAUUGCUGUCUCGAUUGCUUCCUCGUGUGUCACAGGAUUGCCAAAACGCUGUACUUGAGUCCUCUAAGACAUAUGGGGAGGGGAAAAUUUUACUAGAGGAAUAUGUGUUCACUUUAAAGGCUUCCUUUGGUUUAAAUGCUCUCGUGGAGGCAGUUGGAAUUGGAAAAGGGAAGCAAGAUCUUACAGGAAUUUCCAUGGAAACCCCAAGAUCAAAUCAAGUUGUUCGCCCAGAAAUACCGAUUGGCAAAGCAUGCUCAACACUAACCACCCCAGAGAUUGUCAACUUCUUAACAGGAGACUUCCGGCUUAGUAAAGCUCGAUCAAGUGAUCUAUUUUGGGAAGCUGUCUGGCCUCGUCUGCUUGCAAGAGGGUGGCACUCUGAGGAGCCUAAUAAUCAUGGUGUUGCUGCUGGUUCCAAGCAUUCUCUGGUAUUUCUAAUACCUGGCAUUAAGAAGUUCUCAAGAAGGAAACUAGUAAAGGGAGAACACUACUAUGAUUCUGUAAGUGAUGUUCUCAGUAAAGUUGCCUCAGAUCCUGAGAUUCUUAAGAUUGAAAGUUACAGAAACAAGGAAGAAAAUGGGUGGACUAGUGAAACAAAACUGGACCAAGAAGAUUUGCCUAAUCAACAACGCCAUUUUUAUCUCAAGCCACGCACUCCCAAUGAUGGUACUGAUGUCAUGAAGUUUACUGUUGUGGAUACAAGUCUGGGAAAUGGGAAAGCACGUAAGGUGAGGGAACUUAGAAGCUUACCUAUUGAAAUAAUCUACACACCUACCUCCCUAAGUGACUCUGAAGAGGAUGAUGGAGACAGUUUUGAUGAGUCAUUAAAUAAAUCUAGUUCAGCUGAUACUUUGUGUUCAGAGAAGGAUGAGACUACUGAUCUUAGGGCCACAAUCAUCGAUUCAUGUAAAACAUUACCUUUUGGUGGCAAGGCUUUUAAUCCCAACACUUUAGAACAUGGCUUUCCAGUUAAGGACUUGACUAUUGUGUCUGAAAAAAUCCACAAGGAUAAAGAGGCUGAUAUACUCAACAGCAAAAUGUUGAAAGAGGCUGCAAAGUCCAAAUUGAUCCGGAAAAUGAUAUCUGAAGAUCAAAAUCAUUUAGCUCCUGUUGCAAAACGACGGCGAAGAUUACCUCCUAUUUGCAAGGAGAUGAGCCAUAGCACAAUCAACAGCAGGGUUGACUCCAGAUUGCAACUAGAAGCCAGUAGCUGUGUAGACAAUUCAUAUUAUAGUGAGAACAUCCUCUCUCAGGUGGAUCCAUCUCAAGAUACUUUGUCAUCUACCAGUUCAUCUAGAGGAGGCAGCCCUAUGGCUAGAGCUGGAUGCAUUUUAAGCAGUAAUCAUAUGGGUGCUGAAAUUCCUCAAGAUAAACCUCCGAUCCGUACAUUAAUUGACUUGAAUGUAGCCAUCUCCCCUGAUGCUGAAACUGAUGAAUAUCAAAUGAUGGAUACAACAGAAGGGAAAGAUCACCAAAUGGCCAAUCCCCAUGCAGUGGAACUCUCAGAAUGUGCGGCUAUCUCUGAGCAGGAAGCUAAGGUGUGUUCACGUAGACAAAGCACAAGAAAUCGGCCACUGACCACCAAGGUGCUGGAAGCUUUUGCUUGCGGAUUUUUGGACAUAAAACAGAAGCGGAAGUCAAAGGAUGCAUUUCCUGGAGACAACAUUAAGUUGAGACCCUCACGACGCCCUCGUGCUAGGGUGACAACACCUCCAGAGAGUUUCGAUUCCAUUACUGUGGAUUUUCCUAUGGAGGAAAGAGGAAGUUCUAUCCAAAAUACCAACGGUGAUGUAUUCAACAAGCUUGGCAUCAGUACUCAAACUGGUUAAAAAUUGAAUUGCUUGACCUACAAACUGGAGAAUGGUGCUUCUCAAUUCUCUAUCUCAUAGUUCUUGAGUUGGCUGCUACGUAACCCAUCACAGUCUUACUCAGCAUCUGGCGUCGGAUGUGAUUAUCACAAAUGUUAUCAGUGGAAGUAUAGCUCUUCGUUGAAGCCUAUGUCUUCUGAGAUAAAGCAGCCCUGGCCAUGUCCUACUGGGACUUAAACACCAAGAAGGUAGUUGAGAUUACUGUCCCUUAAGAACUCUCUUCAUCAACUAUUUUUUGUGACAAAUUUUCACUUUUUCGAGUUCAUGUUGCACAGGCAAGUCUUAAUUAUUAGUUGUCAUACAAAAACUUAAAAUUUCAAUCAAAAUUCAGGUGCCUGUUUAAAGUUUAUGCAUCGAUGCUGCAGUUGAGAUCAUUGUAGAUAAGCUCACAUUGGUAAACUAUAUUUUCUUUUGUUUGCUUCCAGAGAAACUUGUAUUAUGCUCUGUUAGUUGCCAAAGCAACUGAGUACUGAGUUAAAGAAAACAUAUUUUUGAACCAACAAGAUCAUAUUUUACUUUGGUGUAUUAUAGGGGGUGCAUUGACAUGGUGGUUGGUUGGUGAUGGAUAACAGCCCCUCUCUUCUUGUUUUCUUUUCUAUACUUUUCCAUGCAUGGUUUCUUUUCCAAAGAGAUUGUUGUUCAAAAACUCAUAACAUAAUCCUUUUGUAUUGAUGGUUACUUUGCCCUA